AUGCAGGGGCGGGGCUGUCAGGAAGAGGAGGAGUCGGAGGAGGAUUCAGAGUCGGAGUCGGAGUCGGAGUCUGAGAAGGAGGCGGAGAAGCGGAAGGACGAGGAGGAGGACGAGGAGGAGGAGGAGGAGGAGGAGGAGGAGGAGGAGAAGGACGAGAAGGAUGACGGCGAUGAGGAGGAGGAAGGGAAGGAUGAGGAGAGGGAAGGGAAGGAUGGGGAGGGGGAAGGGAAGGAUGAGGGGGGGGAAGGGAAGGAUGGGGAGGGGGACGGGAAGGAUGAGGAGGGGGUGGAGGAAGUGGUGGAGUACAAGGCGGAGUUCAAAGAGGAGGAAGCUGCACUAGAGGCGGUGGGGUCGGUGGAUGAAAAGAACGAGGAAGCGGAGGAUGGCGAUGCGGGUAAUGAUACGAGGUCGGCAGAUGGGGGGAAGGAGAAGGAUAAGGUCAGCGUGGAGGCAAUGACGGAAAAGGGCCAGGAGAAGGCGGCAUGCGAAGGUGGGAAGGUUUUGGCCGACGCCGGCGAAGCGGCGAACACCACGGGCGUGCAGGAGACGGGGGACGCUUCUGGUCGGCCGGGUAAUGAGCUGGACGACGUCGAGCAGGUGCGACGGGAGAACUGGCUGUUGAGGGCGGAGAACGCUCGGCUGGCGACGUUGCUCGAUGCGGAGCAGGCUCGGCUGGAGAGGUUUUUUGUUGGGAUACGUGGACUCGUCGACCACGUGAAGGAGUUGGCCGAGCAGGUCGACGACACCUAG